AUGUUCUUAACCACAUUCAUUAAAUCGCAUUUUACUAAAUUAAGUGUACCCAUUUUCAACUCACAUUCUGGUUCAAGAAUAGAUAAAUUUCUUAUAGAAGACCUUAAUCGUAGUUGGAAUGAAGUUUAAAAAUUAAUUAGAAAUGGUGAAAUUAAUGUUAAUAACAAAAAAAUUAAAGAUCAUUAAUUUUUAUUAAAAGAAGGAGAUGUAGUGACAUAUUGGGAUAAAUUAAAGAAAUAAGUUGAUACAUAAUUAAGACCAAUUCCUAAUAUUUAAGCUUAUGAAGAAUUAAAAAAAAUGAUCCUAUAUGAGAAUGAUUAAAUUAUCAUUCUAAAUAAAUAACAUGGAUAUGCAUCAUAAGGAGGAGCCAAUCCUAAUUAUAAUAUACCAGAGAUUUUAAAUUUAUAUUUUAAAAACUUCUACAUUAUUCAUAGAUUAGAUUAAUUAACAUCUGGCCUUUUAAUUAUUGCUAAAAAUAAAGAUAUUGCAACAGAAAUAAGUAGGAUUAUUUAAGAAAAAGCCUUUAUAACAAAGAAAUAUAUUGCUGUUGUUUAAGGUCAAACUAAAGUACAAAAAGGUUUAAUUGACCGUCCAUUAUUAUUUAAUACUAAUAAUCAAAAAUAAACAUGUUAUAAUGAAGAAUAAUUAUUAGAAGGUAAAUAUCUACCUGCUAGAACUUCUUAUGAAGUUAUCUAAGAAUAUUAAUAUCAUGAUGAAAUGUAUUCUGUCCUUGAUCUACAAAUUUUUGAAGGUCGUAAACAUUAAAUUAGAGCACAUUUAAGCUAAGUUCUUAAAACACCUAUUCUUUUUGAUUAAAAAUAUGGAUUUUAGUUUACUAAAACUAAUCGAGAUUUACAAACAUAAAUAUUUGGUUAAAAUUAAGGAAUUAUGUUAUAAGCAAAGAAGAUAAUAUUUUAGAAUUUUCCUGUUGACAUUAAUGAAUAAUUUUAUUAAAAUUCAAAUGGAACAAUGAUUUAAAAAAAUGAAAAAUUAGAAAUUGAGGCUACUUUUUCUACUGAAUUUGAAUCUCUUUUUUAAAUAUUAUAAAAAUGA